AUGAGCUUCGCGAAGCCCCAAGCGGGGCUGACAAAUGUCACCGGCGUCUCGGUCUCUGACGGCGGUAUCUCCUGGAAGGACAGCAAUAAUGGCACAGGCGAAGCAAAACGCCAGAAUCUGCUGUUUGUUCUUGACCUUGCACAAUCCCCCAGCCAAAAGACGGGCUUCAUAAUUUCAAUUUUGGUCGAGAGCCCGGAGAGUCCAGAAGACCGCUUCCGACUGCUGCUCUUGCUCGCGGACGCUGUCCCCGAUGAGCUCCGGCAGCAUCGCAUCACCGGCCUGCCUUCUUAUUUGCGGCCUGUAAAUGGUAAGCAGGAAGUUGACGUCGUUGUAUCUACGAAAUCGGGCGUCGGUCUGUCUCUGCAGUUCUGGCAGAAUGUAUUGCAACCUCUCUGGACUGUGAUCGCGGAGCAGUCAUCCGAUACAGUCAUCCGAGAGUCACCAAACGUUCUUGUCACUGAAGAUGCGCAAAGCGUUCGGAAUUUCGCCCGACAGGUUGGUGGCUCUGAGGGCAAAUCGACUGGCGAAAUCGCUCAAUCAAGGACCAUCAUUCUUCUAAGCGGAGAUGGCGGCGUUGUCGACCUCAUAAAUGGCAGCUCUCACGAUGAAUCUGUAUUGGAGCAGCGGCAGUUACUCUUGGCUCUUCUUCCGCUGGGCACCGGAAAUGCCCUUUUCCACUCUCUGCACAAGCCCCUUUGGGCAACCCAAGAUGGCAAGACGGAAGAAGCUUCUCCUCUGGUCCUGGGUCUGAGGACGCUAUUCGGCGGCGUUCCCGCAAACUUGCCUCUAUUCCGAGCGUCGUUCUCCCCGGGGUCGCGCAUCGUCAAAUUCACACCGACGACUGAAGUGCCUUUGGGAGACGACGCCUCCAGUAAUCCAUUGCAUCUCGAGAAAGAAGAAACUCGAGUGUCGCAUCUCUUUGGUGCCGUGGUCGCAAGCUACGGCUUUCACUCUAGCAUAGUCUACGAAAGCGAUACCCCCGAGUACCGCGUCCACGGCGACAAACGCUUUGGCAUGGUUGCCCAAGAGCUCCUCCGCGAAUCACACCCUUACAAUGCACAAAUAGAUGUUCGCCGUCCCUCUUCGUCCUCGGCAUCGCAGUGGGAGACCAUCCCGGGAGACAGGCAUGCCUAUGUGCUAGUGACGCCGCUCUCUAACUUGGAGCGCACAUUCACGAUAUCUCCCGCGAGUAAGCCUCUUGAUGGGAAGCUCCGUUUAGUUCAUUUCGGCACCAUAGGGGGCGAGAGGACGUUGGAUGUCAUGAUGAAGGCGUAUGACGAGGGAAAGCAUAUUGGGAUGAAGUGGGAUGAUGGACACGAGGUGCGGUAUGAAGAGGUGGACGAAGUGAAGGUCACGGUUUUGGAAGAGGAUGAGCGAUGGCGGAAAGUGUGUAUUGACGGUACGAUUGUUGACAUACCUCAAGGAGGGGAGCUGUCUGUACGAAAAGAAGAGAAGAGCGGGUUUGACAUUUUGGUUGAUUCGCGGGUGCUUCCAAGCAGCUGA